UGUUCUCCUGGGUAGAGUGCCAAGGCCUCAUCAUAGCUUACAGCAACUUCAAACUCUUGGGCUCAAGAGUUCCACUUGCUUCAGCCUCCCAAGUAGCUGGGACUACAGGCGCCGGCCACAACGCCCGUCUGUUUUGGGUUGCAGUUGUCAUUGUUGCUUAGCAGGCUGGCCGAGUUCGAACACGCCAAGGUAUACGUGGCAGGCGCCUUGGCGACUGAGCUAAGGGCACCACCAGUUUUUCUAUUUUCCGUAGAGACAGGGUCUUACUUUUGCUCAAGCUGGCUUGGAACUCCUGAGCUCAAGCAAUCCACCUGCCUGGGCCUCCCAGAGUGCUAGGAUUAUAGGUGUGAGCCCCACUUCCCCACCUAUUAUUUUCCUUUUGAAAGUUCUGAUGUCAUCUGUUAGAAAACCUUGGCCCUGGCUCUGCAUCUGUAGCUCAAGUGGCUAAGGCAUCAGCCAUAUACACCAGAGCUGGCAGGUUUGAAUCCAGCCUGGGCCUGCCAAAGAACAAUGACAACUACAACCAAAAAACAGCUGGGCAUUGUGGUGGGUGCCUGUAGUCCCAGCUACUUGGGACGCUGAGGCAAGAGAAUCGCGCUUAAGCACAGGAGUUUGGAGGUUGCUGUGAGUUGUGGUGCCAUGGCACUCUACCCAGGGCGAUAGCUUGAGGCUCUGUCACAAAAAACAAAACAAAAACCUUGGCCCUUCAUCUUACCGCUUGGACCCUGGCCCCAAGCUCUGUGCAUAAGCCACUUUUACUUUUAAAAAUCCUCUCCUUUCUAUUCAAUAUUUCAUAUAAUUUUAUGUUAUUUUGCUCUAUCAGACUCCUCGGUCCUGGUGGUGCUAUUUCCUCCAGCAGUCUGUCUUCUAGUUCAGGGGUUCUCAACCUUCUAUUAAAUGCCACGGCCCUUUAAUACAGUGCCUGGGUGUCGCGACCCACAGGUUGAGAACCGCUGAGUAGGUUGCAGCACCCAACAAAAGUUAAUGUGUCUGGAAGGAACUCAGGCUUGGUCAGCAUGACCCAACGACCUCAGCACCCACCUCAGGCCCAGGAACCCUGAACUAAUGGUGUCCACAAAGUUCACCUGCAAUUUAAAACAGUGUGCAAUUUUAACCUUUAUGCACACCCUGUAUUUCAAAAUCAUCGUGCUUGCAAUUACCUCCGGCACACAAAUCCCUUUUGCCUUGUUUGAAAUGUAUCAAGUCACCAUUACUUAACUUAGGUCAAGGCUCCAAACUGAACAAUCCAGAUCCCCACGAGGAGAAAGGGAAUGUGAUUUCCAGGAAAGGAAUCCUACAGAUGUACCAUGGCGGAAAGCAGCACCAGGGGCCGAGUUGCACCCGCCUCCUCCUCCCCCUGCUCCUACAAGGUCCUGACUUUCAGGUGUGCACAAUCCAGGUGGGUGCCACCUCUGUGUCCCGUGGUGGCCUAGGGAACGUCACCACAUACUUCUGUCAGGACCCCAGCGACAGCCUCCCGACUGGAUGGCGUGGGUGUCACCACGCGCUAACCACACUCUCCGCCGCCCAGCGCCAGCAGCGGGACCUCGGGGGGGAAGCCCUCGGGGUGAGAGUUCCAGUAUCCCGGAAACCUCAGGGGACGAAGGGGGUGAAGGAGUGAAUCCAUUCCUCCGGGGUUACGCAAGAACCGAGGCGGGAAAGCCAGAGUUCGCAUCCCGCCGGCGACCCCGCCUAGCCUUUCGCGCCCACCCGCUCGGUGUCCAAACCAAAAGCGAAAGGAACUCGACCGUCGCGUCCCCGCCGGCUCCGGCGUCGCGUCCGCUGGGAGGUCGCCGCGCGCCCCCGGGUCGGCCGCCCCUCCGCUUUGUGACUUCACUGGUUUCGCAACAAGCCCGGGCGGCCCGCGCCCCACCCACCCCCGGCCCGGCCGCCUUGCCGCCCGCCGCGUCGCUCCGCUCUUUGCGCUUCCCCUCCCUCCGGGGCCCGGCCCGCCCCGGCCGUCGCGGAGCCGCCCCGUCCCGUCGCCCGUGGCCGUCUUCGCCGUGGCCGCCACCAAGUGCGCGGACCCCGCCUCCAGGCAGCCCGGAGCAACCGGCGCCCGGCCCAGCCGAGCGCAGCGCCCUCGCGAUGCUGUGCUUCCUGAGGGGAAUGGCCUUCAUCCCCUUCCUCCUGGUGACCUGGUCGUCCGCCGCCUUCAUCAUCUCCUACGUGGUCGCCGUGCUGUCCGGGCACGUCAACCCCUUCCUCCCCUACAUCAGUGAUACAGGAACAACACCUCCAGAGAGUGGUAUUUUUGGAUUUAUGAUAAACUUCUCUGCAUUUCUUGGUGCAGCCACGAUGUACACAAGAUAUAAAAUAGUGGAGAAACAAAAUCAAACCUGCUAUUUCAGCACUCCUGUUUUUAACUUGGUGUCAUUAGUUCUCGGAUUGGUGGGAUGUAUCGGAAUGGGCAUUGUUGCCAAUUUUCAGGAGUUGGCCGUGCCCGUGGUCCACGACGGGGGCGCCCUUUUGGCUUUUGUGUGCGGUGUCCUGUACACGUUUCUACAAUCCAUCAUCUCUUACAAAUCGUGUCCCCAGUGGAACAGCCUCUUGACGUGCCACAUACGGAUGGCCAUUUCUGCCGUUUCCUGCGCGGCUGUCGUCCCCAUGAUUGCCUGUGCUUCACUAAUUUCUAUAACCAAGCUGGAGUGGAAUCCAAAAGAAAAGGAUUAUAUAUAUCACGUAGUGAGUGCGAUCUGUGAAUGGACCGUGGCCUUUGGUUUUAUUUUCUACUUCCUAACAUUCAUCCACGACUUCCAGGGCGUCACCCUAAGGAUAUCCACAGAAAUCAAUGGUGACAUUUGAAGAAAGAAGAAUUAUAUCUCACUCAGUGAACGUCGCAGACAAUUUCUAGAAGUGGUACAGAGGACAGGCAGGGUUUUGAGGCUGCCCUGAUUAG